CGUUCACGUCGUAGACCUCUAGCCUCACAAUUCGACAUGCCUCCUAAGAAACGAGCUCGCUUCAAUCAAGAUACCGUGUACGCUCAUGGAACAGUAUUGCGGCAGAAGAAAUUCCCAUCGCGCCGUACUAAGAAACGCAUACUUUCGCCAUCCCCACCACCACCCGCUUCAAGACAGCAAACCAUGACACAGGCAGGGUGGAUUACCACAGCACCGCCCUCGGGCAAAAAGAAACAGAGGGUGGAGCAAGUGGAAGAUUCACAGUCGGAACCCGAGUCCGGAUCCGAAAUCGAGGGAGAAGACUACCUCAGUGUUCUGCGGCAGGCGACCCUCACGCAGUUGGGCCACGGAGUCCAACCUCUACCCAGAAAUGAGGGGGGAAACCGGAAGUCUGCUGUCAGACGAAGGAGUCGUCAGGAGUUGACUGAGGAAGAAAAACGGCAACAGACUUUGACUCAGAUGAUAGGCACUGGGCGAGAACCUGACGUUCGAUCGGAUGUCGAAGAGGAGCAAGAGGAGUUAGAUGGGACGUAUGCUGUUGCGAUGGAAGAGCGUCUAGCCAACAGUGGGCUAUACAGGCCAGUGGGAGAACGACAGACUCGUAGAACCGCUCGAGAUGCAGCUCCGUCGGGCAAAGGUCACAGUAAUGGCCGGACCUUGCGGCCCCGAAGAGGCCAUAAAGAGACCUCACACGGUCAGCUAGUGGAUAGUGCGUCUACACCUAGAUUAACAAGGGUAAAUUCAAAGCCACGCUCAACGCCGCGAACCCGGCGCCCUCUUGAAAUACCUUCUUCGCAAUCUCCGCCCGAAAGCCCACUAUCAACACAAAACACGCCUCAGCGAUCUACUAGGUCUCCCCUUGAAGAGAAGUCCACGAAUAUACAGCAGCCUUCUCUGUUACAUUCGCGAUUGCGGCCUGGAGACGCAGAACGACUGAGCCCUGUUAAACCAAUAUCGCGAAAAGGUGGACUCCAAGUCAAAGAGAACCUGAUAUCCUCACCAGUAGCACCUCCUCGACGGAUAUUUAAAGACACUAUUCCGGACACGGAUGACGAGGAAGAAGAAUCGGAUGAAGAUAACACAGUUCCUACCAACGCCGGUGUCGGGGAAGAAACAGAAGCUGCGAUUCAGCAGAUUGAUCUCAUGUGCGCAAGCCGAGAUAGCAUACAUGAAAUUGAGAAUGUAGAGACUGCGAGAUCUAAUCGGGCUUCGGCGACACCAACUCUCCAAGAAACAGAAGGUCUGCCUGUACCUGCUAACCCAGGGGUAUAUGAUCGAACUAUCAAACAAGAACCUUCACAGUUUGAAGAGAGCCAAUGCACAAUUGGAACUGGUACAGAAGAAGCGACAGCGCAGCUACACAGCGAGCUCCAGACGUUCACUCAACGAAUCUCCGUCCAACCGUCAUACAGUCAAAUUCCAGCUCCUGAGGAACAGCCUGAGCAGCGGAUCCCAUCCUCUUACCCUCUACCAACCCAGUCUACCCAUCCUUCACAAGCAUCGACGAUUGAAGGAACGCAAGCCUCGCCACAUGAUGCUCAACACAGCCACCACACUCUUCCAAUAUCUCCAACGCGCCCGCCACCUCUGAGCAUUCCAUCCUCCAUUCCCACGUCUCCUUUCAAAAUAUUCAGAGUACCCAGGUCCCAAGCGCACUAUUCUAGACGGACAACAGGGGCGACGACAGCGGGACUGACCAUGCAGGAUAGUUUAGACGACUAUUCAAUACCGCUACCACCACAGUGGGAAGAGGAUGAUUAAUUGGCAACGGGCGUUGUAGGGAGGCCUUGAUCUAGGUAGAGCGCCCGGUUUUCUGCUUUACGAUCACUGAAUGAGCAUAAAUUGAAUU